AUGGCGAACCUCCCGACGACGAAAACCAUCCCCGGCAAGGAGACGCCCGGGCUGCGCUACCCCUCCAACGGCAAGACAAUCUACCACCGGCCCCUGAACCGCACCAAGACGGCCGAGCUCAGCCAGGCCAGCUUCGCCUACCUCUUCAGCGAGAUGGUCUCGUACGCCCAGCGCAACGUCAAGGACAUUUCCGAGCUGGAGCAGCGACUAAACGUACAAGGCCACUCGAUCGGCAUCAAACUCCUCGACCUCCUCCUCUUCCGCGAACCCCCCCGAACCCAGGUCCGCCCCCUGACCAUCAUCACCCUCCUCCACUUCAUCAAGCAGUCCUGCUGGCAGCACCUCUUUGGCCGCCAGGCCGACCGCCUCGAGAAGUCGGCCGACCCGGCCAAGCCCGACGAGUACAUGAUCAUUGACAACGAGCCCCUCGUCAACGCCUACAUCAGCGUGCCCCGCGAGAUGUCCCAGCUCAACUGCGCCGCCUACGUCGCCGGCAUCGUCGAGGGCAUCUGCGACGGCGCGGGUUUCCCUGCGAGGGUGAGCGCGCAUAACAUCGCCGCCAAGGACGAGCACGAGAUGUGGCCUGGCAAGACGGUGUUUCUGGUCAAGUUCCGGUCGGAGGUGGUGGAGAGGGAGGGGUAUUUGGGAAAGAGCUGA